AUGCAAAGUAGAAAGCCCCUUGCAAAGUUGUCUACUCAUAGCCCGAUCCUGCGCCUGGCAAAUGAGCUCCUUCAAAAGAUCGCAUGCUACCUUCCCACUGAUAGGGAUGUCCUCCAUUUUUCCCAAUCCUGCAAAGAUAUGUGGGCAAAGGUCUUCGCCGGGGAGUCUGCAGUCUGGCGAGAUCGCUUCGGAAGGCAUUAUGAUACUCCCCGCGGAAAAACUUACAAAGAGCUCAAAGCAGAAUACAUGACUCGAGCCAUCGUUUUGAAUGGAGAGAUAUCGUUCAAGGAAGAGGAGAAUGAUCGCCAGUAUCUCUGGAUGGAGGUUAUACAGACCAUGUUCAAGGAGGCUGUGACGCUGCCCAUGAAGCCGACUGCGUCUAAAACUGUUGCAAUUCUUAAAGAGACCCUCAAGAAAGUCAAUUUCCUCCGUUUGCCAGAGCCAGAGAACCCAGGAACUUCUUCGCCUCUUUUCUAUGCUUUGCAGUUGUGCCUCACGGCCUUUGCUCUCGACCUACAGGUCACCGAGCCCUGCCGACGCACGGACUAUGACAUCCAGACAAUUUACUCGAUCGAAAAGAGCAACGUCUUGUCAGGUGAUUCGGAAGAAGACGAGUUUGACAACGAAUCGCAGCAAUCCAAUGAAAGUGAAUUUCCCCCUUUCGAAGAUGGCUCAGAGAACUCGUUUGAAGAUGUCUCAAAGUCAGCAACACAUGAACCCUUCAUUGACCACAAGAACCUUAAUCUCGCCAAAUUGCUCCAGUUCCGUAGCUUUUGGCAACGUCAUCUUCUCAACACCGUCGAAUAUACCUUCCAAGAGUCCUUCUGUGCGCUAAGUGAAGACUUCAGACCCAAGGUGCGCAAAGAUGAUCCAAACGAUACCAAACUCAGCUCAUCCUGGAUGGGAUACUAUUCCUGCAUUCAUUCCACUCAAAUCCACCCAGUCCAACCACGCUCGAUCACACUUAGGGAGCUCAGGGAUCGACAGACCUGCGCAGAUGGUGAAAGCCACAUCGAAGAAGUGGAAGUGAUGACGCUCGACCUUGAACAUCGACCUGACUUGUUUUGGCCCGAAGAAUGCAAAACGAUUGCUCCUCUCGCCGAAGUCCCUGACGCCAAACGUGUCGCUUUCGAUGGCAAGCAGGGAAGCUACGGAAAUGAGGACAGCAACCUUGUUUUCGGAUUCACUGAGGAUAUCGAUGUCGCCCACGGUGGGUUCUCUGGCUGGAAGCGUAUCUGCUUUACAAUUUGCGAAAAUGUCCCUCAGCAGGAUUCCCCUCAUCUAUCCCCGGGAACUGAUGGAUGGGUUCAUAUUUACGAAGCUGUCAUAAUACCAGGAGGACGAAUUAUGCUGGGGCGUUGGGUGGAUUUAAAGGAGCCCUGGGCCAAGGGACCUUUUAUUUUCUGGGAUGUUUGA